AUGUGUCAAGGGGCAGAGGGUAAGUGUGACAAUGGAGUCAUGUGUCAAGUGGCAGAGCGAAAGUGUGACAAUGGGGUCAUGUGUCAUGUGGCAGAGCGAAAGCGUGACAAUGGAGUCAUGUGUCAUGUGGCAGAGCGAAAGCGUAACAAUGGAGUCAUGUGUCAAGUGGCAGAGGGUAAGGGUGACAAUGGGGUCAUGUGUCAAGUGGCAGAGGGUAAGUGUGACAAUGGGGUCAUGUGUCAAGUGGCAGAGCGAAAGUGUGACAAUGGAGUCAUGUGUCAAGUGGCAGGGCGAAAGUGUGACAAUGGAGUCAUGUGUCCAGUGGCAGGGCGAAAGUGUGACAAUGGAGUCAUGUGUCGAGUGGCAGAGCGAAAGUGUGACAAUGGGGUCAUGUGUCGAGUGGCAGAGCGAAAGUGUGACAAUGGAGUCAUGUGUCGAGUGGCAGAGCGAAAGUGUGACAAUGGGGUCAUGUGUCGAGUGGAAGAGCGAAAGUGUGACAAUGGGGUCAUGUGUCGAGUGGCAGAGCGAAAGUGUGACAAUGGAGUCAUGUGUCGAGUGGCAGAGCGAAAGUGUGACAAUGGAGUCAUGUGUCAUGUGGCAGAGCGAAAGUGUGACAAUGGAGUCAUGUGUCAAGUGGCAGAGCGAAAGUGUGACAAUGAAGUCAUGUGUCAAGUGGCAGAGCGAAAGCGUGACAAUGGAGUCAUGUGUCAAGUGGCAGAGCGAAAGCGUGACAAUGGAGUCAUGUGUCAAGUGGCAGAGCGAAAGCGUGACAAUGGAGUCAUGUGUCAAGUGGCAGGGCGAAAGUGUGACAAUGGAGUCAUGUGUCAAGUGGCAGGGCGAAAGUGUGACAAUGGAGUCAUGUGUCAUGUGGCAGAGCGAAAGUGUGACAAUGGGGUCAUGUGUCAAGUGUCAGAGCGAAAGUGUGACAAUGGAGUCAUGUGUCAAGUGGCAGAGCGAAAGUGUGACAAUGGGGUCAUGUGGCAGAGCGAAAGCGUGACAAUGGAGUCAUGUUUUCAGUGGCAGAGCGAAAGUGUGACAAUGGAGUCAUGUGUCAAGUGGCAGAGCGUAAGUGUGACAAUGGGGUCAUGUGUCAUGUGGCAUUGCGAAAGUGUGACAAUGGAGUCAUGUGUCAAGUGGCAGAGUGAAAGUGUGACAAUGGAGUCAUGUGUCAUGUGGCAGAGCGAAAGUGUGACAAUGGAGUCAUGUGUCAAGUGGCAGAGCGAAAGUGUGACAAUGCAAACAUGUGCCAAGUGGUAG